AUGCUCCGUAACGCCGUCUCGAUCACCAGCGUCCCACCGAAACGGUCGCGCCUUUAUCGCGAAGGUAUCCGAUACAUCCAGAACUAUAAUUCGGUGAAGGAGGUGUUCGAUGUCAAUAAACGAAUUCCCUUUGACAACGAUGUAAUGGAGGAGCUGGCGGUGAACUUCUUGGUGA